UAAUAAUAUUAAUUUGUCUGCAAUAAUUAGGUUAGCACUAUGAUAUUAUAUUUAAUGAAAAGGGCUUCACUAGAUGUAAGCAUCUGUAAGACUUGUUGCAGAGCAUAUGUUUGACUUGUAAAUCUCUGAAAUGCUGUAAAAUGGGAACGGAAAAGGGUAUAGAAUGCUUCGUUUUUUGAGAUCAACUUGAAAAGAUCAUGGCGAAGUUUGCCAUCAGGAUUCUCCGAUAGCCAUGUAGCUUUCUCACCAGGAAUGCAACCUUCCUGCAUUAUAAGUGAGAUUACUAAAUAUAAACCAAAUUAACAUCAUAUUUCUCGCUCGCAUUCCCAGAAAUUUGAGAUUCUAGACAAACCAAACACAAAAUUGUUUGGAAUCUUAAAUCUCAGGAUAUAAAACACCCAACACUUCUCAUAUCAAAUGCCACCAUAAGGUCUUCUUCCGUAAUAUUUAUCUUUCCCCAGUCUGUCCUGUUCAAAUUUAGGAGUCAUGUGCCAUCAGGAUGAUGACCCUGCAGAAGGGAAUGGAAUUGUUUACUUGUUUGUUUUGCACAUGUGGUUCAUCAUUUGAAUGUCAGUAAUAUCAGGCUGGGCAAGCUAGCUAGCUUGAGCUGAAGUUUUUGGAAGAUUGUUUUAAUGCUCAGGUUGUGGGCAUUUUUCAGGUUUUGAUUUCCACGCUUAUUUUCCAGAAUGUGAAAGGAGAACAUCAGACUAACCUCAACCCAAUAAAAAUUCCUAGCUCCUUCUUGAUUCAAUUGUUGGGUCAGGAUGUCUUGUUUUGUUUCUGACGAGAAAAAUUCAACUCUCAACCCUUGAACAGUAAAACUCGUUCUAAUUAACAAGGACAGGCCACCAAAUAUACAAGCGAAAGAUGCUUUCUGUAUAGGUCUAACAGGUGGAGGAAAUCAAUGAUAUAUUUGCUCAUGCUACAGCCUACAUGUGUUGCUCUAUCUCAAGAACAAGUCGUUAGUGAAAGGUCAAGAAAAGUUGGCACACAGAUUGAUAUCUUUGCCUCUGGACUGUCUAAUAGCUCCUUCAUAAUUUUUCUUCCUUUAUUCUUGAACACCCACUAGGUCCUAAGUGCUCUAUUUAGAAGCCUCUCGGCUCGGUUCUCGCUGGUAUUCACAACCCAAUAUUGUUGCCAGAAUGGAAGCUGUGUUUCCUAAUGCUGUGAAUUCAUAACCUGACGAUCAUUGGCCCAGCUACGAUAGGGCUAAGGAAGUGAAGGCAUUUAGCGAAACAAAAGCCGGUGUUACAAGGACUAGUUGAAGCUGGUGUGACAAAAAAAUCACCAGGUUUUUUGUCCAUCCACCAGAGAAUGUGCAAAAUCCAUCAUCCGAGCUGACUAGCAUUAUUACCGGCCUUCAGAUCCCAGUAAUAGACUUUGAAGGUCUUGAAAGCGGUCCAAGACUGGAGGUAGAGAAUGAGAUUCGAAAAGCAUCAGAAACAUGGUUUUUUUUUUUUUUUCAAAUUUUCAAUCAAAAAAUUGGAUCAGAUGUUAGCCAGUGUGAAAAGAUUCCACCAGUAACCGCAGGAUCUGAAGAUGGAGCUAUACACGCAUGACCGUCAGUGCCCAGUGAGGCUCUACUCCAAUGGAGAUCUCCUAGUGAACAGAGGACCAGCUUGCUGGAGAGAUACAGUAGCAUUCAACUGCGAAGAAUGUAAUCUGAAUCAUCUAGUGUUUCCUGAAAUAUUCAGAAAAGAAGUGAGUGAUUACAUCAGACAGACGAUCAAAAUGAGGAAGCCACUAUCUGAACUAAUAUCAGAGGCAAUUCAGCAUAGAAUUCAUGGAAACAGAGAUUCUGUUGUGCCACUAUUACCCAAUUUGUCCCUAGCCAGACUUGAUGUUGGGCACACCCAUGCAUUCAGACCCAUGUUUUCUGACUAUAGGCCUGCAAGACUUCAAGGGUGGCCUCCAAUUUCGCGUUCAAAAUCAAUGGGUAGAUAUCCCCCUCAGCAGGGAGGAGCUCUUGAAUAUUGUGGAACAAUUACGACCUUAAUGUUGUUUCCUGCAUUUUGUAGCUUAUCAGCAAUGACAGGUUCAAAAGUGUGGUUGUUGUCGGACAAGUUGGAUCCCAGCCAUCAGUUGCACGUCUUUUCUAUCCAAGCACUGCAAAUUAUAAUUCCAAACCAUAAGGGCCAAUAUAUAGGGAAACUAAUGUAGCUGAAUAUGUCAGGUCCAGGGCUUUAGAUG